AUGGCAAUGCAGGUCCAACUACCCCUCUUGGGGAAGGAAACGACCAUGCUCUUUAUCAAUACUCUAAAGGCCCCAUUUAUUAACCACAUGUUAGGGAGCACUACUAAAAGCUUCUCGGACAUAGUAAUGUCCAGGAAGAUGAUAGAAAACGCGGUAAGAUGUGGGAAAAUUGAAACGGGGGAAAGUGCCAAAAGAUCAACUCCAAGAAGGAAAGAAAACGAGAUGAACAAUGCGAGUUUAUACAAUAAGGGUUAUUCCAAGCCAGUCACAGUGAGCCAGCCGAGGGCAGUGACUGCUAGCCAUCAGGGCUUCACAAGACAAGAUUCCAACCCAAGACCUAACAUGGAAAGAGUCCAGUUUACGCCAAUCCUAAUGACAUAUAGGGAGCUUUACCAGAAUCUAUUCGAUGCGCAUGUGGUGUCUCUAUUUUACCUGAAACCCAUACAACCUCCAUUCCCUAAGUGGUAUGACGCAAACACUCAAUGCGAAUACCAUACAGGAAUUGCGAGGCACACAAUUGUAAACUGCACGGCCUUCAAAAAAUUAGUCGAAAGGUUCAUAAAGAUGGGCAUUGUGAAGUUCGAUGAUCCCAUAGGACCUAAUGUGGUAGGAAAUCCGUUGCCCAGUCAUUCAGACAAUGGGGUAAACGCGAUAGUCGAAAAUAGAGGGAGGAGAACUAAGAUGGACGUAUCAAAGGUAAAGACUCCGUUGAGAUGGGUUUGGAAGAAAAUAGUGGAAAAAGGCUUACUUAUACAAGAUUUAAGGGAGAAGCCUGAAGGAGCAAAGUACUACUAUGAAUUCCACGAGGUGGAAGGGCAUGAGAUCCAAAAGUGUAAUGAAUUUAGGGCCCUGGUACAGAGAUUAAUAGAAAAUAAAGAGAUUGAAUUCUUUGAGUAUACUGAGGUCCCGAAGGGAGAAGAUAUGUACACGUCAAAGCAAGGGCCAACCAACAAAGUCCAUGAGGUCAGUCACCCGGUCGUAAUUAUAUCCCGACCAAGAGCCAAUGAAGUCGGAGUACCAAUUGCGCCAAAGGUCAUAAUCCAGAACUCCGUCGCUUUCCCUUAUAAAGAUAGCAAGAGGGUUCCUUGGAAUUACGACUGCAACGUAACGAUCCCGGGAGGGGAGAACCCAACUGGCACUUCGGAGAAAGGUCAAGAUGAGGGUUUCUAUAUACGCAGUGGAAGGUGUUAUACCCCGAACACAAAAGCAGAACUAGUUAAAGGAAAAUCCGUGGUCGUUGAACAAUAA